AUGGGUGAGGUCACUGGUAAGGAUACUGCUGGGGCCGGUAUCCCAUGUACUUUUGGACCCAUUAGUGAUAUUGCUGCGGACCCACGUUGUCCACGUUUCUACGAGUCUUUUGGUGAGGAUCCUUUCGUGAACAAGAUGAUGUCAGUGGCCAUCACCAAAGGUAUUCAGGCGAACGGAGAUGUAGCUGCGUGCUUGAAGCACUUCAUUAGCUAUGGUGCUGCUAGCAAUGGCAAAGAUUAUGCCAAUUCUCGUAUCAGCGACUAUGAGCUGUUCAACUAUCAUGCUGAACCAUUCCGUGCAGCGGUGGUAGAUGCUCAAGCCAAAUCGGCAAUGAUAGGUUUCAAUUCUAUCAAUGGAGUGCCAGUGACUGCCUCUAUGGAAAUGACUGUUGAUCUUCUAAGAAAUGACAUGGGCUUUGAUGGUAUGCUUGUCAUUGACUACAACGAGGUCUACAACCUCAAAGAUCGCCACAGAAUAGCAACCAGCAAGGAGCAAUCCGUGGAGAUUGCCACUAAUCAGACCUCCAUGGACUUGAAUAUGGUACCCAAUUCCGAUGAUUUUAUUGACAUUCGUAUCCAGUUGGUGAACGAAGGGGAAUUUAGCCAAGAACGUAUUGAUGAAUCUGUUGAGCGGAUUUUAGAGCUGAAGUUUGACCUUAGGAUGUUUGACACGCCCGUACCAGGUGAAGAAUUGGCAUUGGCUGUCGGUCAGCAGUCGGAUCAAGACCUUGCUUUGGAGUUGGCGCGUGAGUCAGUCGUUCUGGUUAAGAACAACAACUCGGUACUUCCGAUUGCUAAGGAGGCAAAUGUGCUCGUCACAGGACCUACAGCCGAUAAUAUGGGCUUCAUGUGCGGUGGAUGGACUGUUUUGUGGCAGGGCUAUGAAGACAGCGUGCCAUAUGCGGACUAUGACACUAUUCUAACUGCUAUGCAAGCUGACAAUAGAUCAGUGCAAGGUCAUGUAGGUGUCAACAUAGACGGUUCCCAGGCUGACGACUAUGAUGCAUCGAUUGAAGCCGCAAAGUCCUCUGAAUACACCAUUGUGGUAGCCGGUGAGCACUCGUACACGGAAAAACCUGGAGAUAUCAACGAUCUUUCUUUACCUAUCGGACAACAUGAGUAUAUUAAGGCACUCGCUGCUACCGGCACUAAGGUUGUUCUGGUGCUAGUUGAGGGCCGUCCUCGCUUGCUAGAUGGUGUAGCAGAUGUUGUAGACGCCAUGCUAGUGGCUAUGCUACCAUGCACGUCGGGCGGUGUCGCUAUUUCUGAGAUAAUCUAUGGCGAUGUUAAUCCAAAUGGAAAACUACCCUUCAGCUACCCAAAACAUGCCGGCAAUAUCCCACUCGUGUACUACCACUUGCCCUCCGAGAUCUGCACCUCGGAAGCCAACAAGUUCGAAGUUGUCGACUGCGAAAUAGAGUGUAAAUUCGGACACGGUAUGGGAUACUCGACCUUUGAGUACGCCGAUUUGAUGGUGGGCGACAUGGUAAAUGGCAACGUCAGCGUAUCCGUAAACGUAACAAACACUGGUGAUCGCGCCGGCAAGGAAACAGUUAUGUUGUUCCUUAGCCAGGAAUACCGCCAGUCCGCCGAGCCCGAGGUCAAGAUGCUCAAGGCGUUUGAGAAGAUCAAUCUUGAAGCUGGUGCCAGCUAA